AUGCCCUCCAACACCGCAGCAUUCCUAGUAGGCCCAGGAAAGCCUCUGGAAGUCAAAUCUGCCGAGUACAUUGCCCCCGCUGAGCAUCAAUUGGUCAUCAAGAACAGCGCCAUAGCCAUCAAUCCAGUGGAUUGGAAAAUGCAGCAACUCGGCACGAAGAUGUUCCCCUGGAUGGCAUUCCCUCACAUCCUGGGGAGUGACAUUGCCGGCGAGGUUGCUGAAAUAGGACCCGGCGUGACACGGUUCAAAGCCGGUGAUCGAGUUUGUGGCCUGGGUCAGGGUGUCCCUUCACCAGUCUCCCAGAGGGCAGCUUCCACCGGCGGUUUCCAGCUGUAUACGGUCGUCAAUGAAGGCCUGGUUGCACCGAUCCCCGACACCCUCACAUUUGAAAAGGCCGUCGUUACACCCACGGGUCUUUCCACUGCUGCGUGUGGUUUAUAUCUCGAGGAUUUUCUUGGGCUCAACCCUCCAUCGCUAUCGCCCACACCAGCCUGUCAGACUGUUGUUAUAUGGGGAGGCUCGACUGGGGUCGGGAUCAAUGCAAUUCAACUCGCGGCUGCCUCUGGCUAUGAAGUGAUCACUACCGCAUCGCCAACCAGAUUUGAUUUUGUCAAAAGUCUUGGUGCCACUUACGCGUACGACUACAAGAGCGAGACUGCAGUCCGGGAUAUCAUUACAGUGUUAAAAGGAAAGGCUUUUGUUGGUGCACUUGCCGUUGGCCAAGGGUCUCUCGAAGCAUGCUACGAGAUUACGUCCCAGUCUGAGGGUAAAAAGUUUGUCGCAUCUUGUAUGCCUCUGAUUGAGCCUCCGAAUGGAGUCCAGUCCAAGAAGAUCUUUGGGAAUGACAUCCAAAGUGAAGUGGGCUCAAUGAUAUGGAAGGAGUUUCUCCCUCUGGUUCUUGCACAGGGUAAAUAUACCAAUGCCCCCGAGUCGGAAAUUGUGGGCCACGGCUUGGAGGCCGUUCAGUCGGCGUUGAAGCUGCAGGGCGUUUCUUCCAAGAAAUUGGUCGUGACACUAUAG